AUGGUUAAAGACACUAAGAAAGUAGAAUCAGGAGCCGCCAAGCACGUAGACAAGAAGAAAGGAAAGAAGAGAUCAGAAACUUUCGCUCUCUACAUUUACAGAGUCCUAAAACAAGUCCACCCAGAUAUUGGAAUCUCUAAAAGAUCAAUGAGCAUUAUGAACUCAUUCAUCAACGAUAUUUUCGAAAGAGUCUGCUUUGAAGCAAGCAAACUCGUCAGAUACGAAAAGAAAAGAACUCUCAGCAGCAGAGAAGUCCAAACUUCAGUAAGACUUAUUCUCCCUGGUGAACUUGCAAAACACGCCGUCAGUGAAGGAACUAAGGCAGUCACUAAAUUUACAUCAUAA